AUGGGUCAGAAACCUUCAACACCUCUCAGCUUGACCCUGGCUCAUUGGUCUGAUGUAAAAACCAGAGCCUCUAACCUUUCAUUUUCAGUUAAGAAGAACAAGCGGCAGACUCUGUGUACUUCAGAAUGGCCGACUCUUGGAGUCGGAUGGCCACCAGAGGGCACCUUUCGCUUGGACACCAUUGCGGCCGUUCGCCGUGCUGUGUUUCAACCAGGUCUUCAUAGCCAUCCUGAUCAAUAGGUUUAUAUUUUAACCUGGGAGGACUUAUGUAACAACCCUCCGCUAUGGAUUAAGCCCUUCGUCUUUUCCUCCCGUACUGGAGUCUCUAUACUUGCCUCCAAACCCUCUUCUCCUUCCUUAUCCUCUCCUCCCGCCCCGCCACCUCUAGUCCUGCAGGAGUCUCAGGACUUAAUUCUCCUUGACUCACCUCCCCCCUACCCCAACCCCCUGUACCCUCCUCCGCAGGACCAGCGAGAAGUGGCAGUGGCCCCUCAACCUGAACCCGAACCCGGACCUGCCCGGGGUACUCGCCGCCGAAGGGCCCAGGAAGAAGCAGGGCCCCCUCCCGAUACUACUGUGGCCUUGCCCCUGCGGCCCUAUGGGCCCCCGCCUCUUCAAUAUUGGCCCUUUUCCACCUCUGAUAUCUAUAACUGGAAAAAUAAUAACCCCUCUUUCUCUGAUGACCCCAUUAGAUUAACAGGCUUGCUGGAAUCCCUGAUGUUCUCACAUCAACCCACCUGGGAUGAUUGCCAGCAACUUCUAGCAGCGCUCUUUACUAUUGAAGAGCGGGAGAGAAUUCUGCUGGAAGCCAGGAAAAAUGUUCGGGGGGAUGAUGGACAAAUAACCCAAUUACCUAAUGUUAUUGAUAUGUUUUUUCCUUUAGAACGCCCCAAUUGGGACCCCAAUACCGCGCAAGGUAGGCAACACCUUCUAGCUUAUCGCCAGACUCUAAUUGCGGGUCUCUGAGCGGCCGCCAGAAGGUCGACCAAUUUGGCCAAGGUAAGAGAAAUUAUACAGGGACCCUCUGAGUCGCCCUCAGUCUUUCUCGAGAGAAUAAUGGAAGCUUACAAGCGCUACACGCCUUUUGACCCUCAGUCAGAGGAGCAAAGAGCGUCAGUAGCUAUAGCCUUUAUUGGGCAGUCUGCACCUGAUAUCUGACGCAAGUUACAGCAUUUGGAUGAUCUGCAGGGUCUGACUCUGAGGGAUUUGGUUAAGGAGGUGGAUAAAGUGUUCUAUAAAAGAGAGACUGAGGAGGAAAAAGAACAAAGGAGAGAGAGAGAGAGAAGAGAGAGAGAGAUGGAAAGAGAGAAGAGAAGAGACAGGACCCUAACCAGGGUAUUGGCAGCAGUAGUCAGGCCAGAAGUCAGAGGCCAGGGAGAUAGUCAGGGUAGCCUGAGGCCACGCCGCCGCCGUUCUCCGCUUGGACCCGAUCAGUGUGCCUAUUGCAUGAAAACAGGGCACUGGGCUCGAGAUUGCCCCAAACUUGGCAAAAAUUCCCCCCGAGCUGCUCUCCCGCAAAUUGCCGUCUUGGCCCUGGAAGAAAACUAGAGGGGACGGGGCUCGGAACCCCUCCCCGAGCUCAGAGUAACCUUUAACGUGGAGGGGACCCCAAUUGACUUUGAGGUGGAUACGGGGGCAGCGAGUUCGGCCCUUCAGGCCCCCCUGGGUCCCCUAUCCAGCAAAAGAUCAUUGGUUCAAGGAGCAAAUGGGAGCCAAUACCGCCCAUGGACCACAAAGAGAACUGUGGAUUUAGGAAAGGGAAGAGUCCAGCAUUCUUUUCUGGUCAUUCCAGAGUGCCCUGCCCCCCUACUGGGGAGAGACUUAUUAACUAAACUGGGAGCCCAGAUCACCUUUAACCCUAAAGGGCCAGAAGUCAAAUUCUUAAACCCUAAAGUUGACCCGUCUACAAUAGCUGUCCUCACCCUUUCCUUGGAAGAUGAACAUAUGCUCCAUGCUGAGGUUUUGGACCGAGAAAAUAUAUCUCCCAUAUGGUUAAAAGAAUACCCUGACUCAUGGGCCGAAACGGCAGGGCUGGGAUUGGCCAAAUUCCAGCCCCCAAUAGUAGUGGACUUAAAGGCUUCCAUAACUCCAAUAAGGGUCAAGCAGUACUAUAUGAGCAAAGAAGCGAGGGAUGGUAUCAGGCCUCACAUCCAAAAGUUCUUGGAUCUGGGAGUAUUAGUACCCUGUCAGUCGGCCUGGAACACUCCCCUCCUUCCGGUCAAGAAACCUGGUACCGGGGAUUUCAGGCCAGUCCAGGACUUGAGGGAAGUAAACAGUCGGGUGCAGAAUAUACACCCUACGGUGCCUAAUCCCUAUAACCUGCUUUGCACUCUCAAUCCAGACAAGCAGUGGUACACUGUGCUGGACCUUAAAGAUGCUUUCUUUUGUCUGCCUCUGCACCAAGACAGUCAGCCAAUCUUCGCCUUUGAAUGGAUGGACCCAGACAAGGGAUUCUCUGGGCAGCUGACCUGGACUCGCCUGCCCCAGGGAUUCAAGAACUCGCCCACCUUGUUUGAUGAAGCUCUUCACCGGGAAAUCAGAAGUUUCCGAGACCAGCAACCUGAGGUUACUCUACUCCAAUAUGUUGAUGACCUCCUGCUCGCUGCCACCACCAAGGAAGACUGUGAGUUGGGGACCAGGGCCCUCCUAACUGAACUAGCCGCCCUGGGCUAUCGGGCAUCGGCUAAAAAGGCGAAAAUAUGCCAAUCUGAGGUAAUCUUCCUGGGAUAUACUCUCAAAAAGGGCAAGCGACUGCUAACUGAGGAGAAGAAAAAGACUGUUGUCCAAAUACCACCUCCCCAAACUCAAAAGCAGUUGAGGGAAUUUAUGGGAACAGCAGGGUUUUGCAGACUCUGGAUUCCAGGGUUUGUGACCCUAGCUGCCCCCUUAUAUCCCCUCCUUAAAGAAGAAACGGCUUUUCGGUGGGCACCUGAACAUCAGCAGGCCUUCGACAAUAUCAAACGGGCCUUACUUUCCUCUCCGGCACUGGCCCUCCCAGAUGUUAGUAAGCCUUUUGCCCUCUUCAUUGAAGAAAGAGAGGGAAUAGCCCGGGGAGUGCUGACCCAGUCUUUGGGCCCAUGGAAAAGACCAGUAGCCUAUCUGUCUAAGAGACUCGACUGUGUGGCUAGGAGAUGGCCCCGCUGCUUAAAAGCCAUUGCAGCAGCAGCCCUUCUGGUAAAAGAUGCAGACAAGCUGACCUUGGGACAAAAGCUUACUGUGGUCGCCCCCCAUGCCCUUGAGAGUGUAAUACGCCAGCCACCUGAUAUAUGGAUGACAAAUGCUCAAGUAACCCACUAUCAGAGUCUGUUCCUAAACAAGGAAAGAAUAGCGUUUGGACCCCCUGUUGCCUUGAACCCGGCUACCUUGCUGCCUGAUGAAGCCGCAGGACCUGUGGUACACACAUGUCAAGAUAUCCUAGCUGAAGAAACCGGGGUAAGGAGAGACCUAAGGGACCAGCCUCUACAACAUGCUGAUGUCAUCUGGUACACUGAUGGGAGCAGCUUUGUCCGUGAAGGUAAACGACAGGCUGGGGCGGCUGUGGUCAGCAAAAACAAACUUAUAUGGUCUGCACAGUUACCAGAGGGCACUUCAGCCCAAAAAGCAGAGCUCAUAGCUCUCACACAAGCCCUAAGACUGGCUAAAGAGAGGAGGGCUACUAUCUACACAGACAGGCGGUAUGCCUUCGCAACCGUUCAUGUCCAUGGAGCCAUUUAUCAACAGAGGGAAUUGCUGACCUCUGCUGGUAAAAAGAUUAAGAAUAAGCAGGAGAUUUUGGACUUGCUAGCGGCUGUCCAGCUCCCGAGGGAAUUGGCCAUAGUCCAUUGUCCGGGCCAUCAGCGAGGCUCAGACCCCGUGGCACGAGGAAAUCAAAAGGCAGAUGAGGAAGCUAAGACAGCAGCGAUGGGAGGAGUUAAAAUGGAAGUCUCAGAAGUACAGGAAGAGGUAGAGACCCAUACAAGCUGUUGUAAAGAUAUAAAGCCUUGGUCGGAGAUCAAUUAUGCCCUCAGCUUUCUCAAACCAGUCCAUCAAUUCACUCACCUGGGAUCUAAGAAACUUCAGCAACUACUCCAAAUGCAAGAAGAACGAUUCCCACUCACCCCCAAGCAGCGGAAAGAACUUGCUGAUAAGGUGACUAGAGAUUUCAAAGCCUGCCAACUAGUAAAUGAUUACCCAGCCAAGAUACCUGAAGGAAAGAGACUCAGAGGCACCCGACCAGGGCAACAUUGGGAAGUGGACUUCACUGAGGUAAAACCCGCUCGGUAUGGACUCAAAUACUUGUUAGUUUUUGUAGACACUUUCUCAGGAUGGGUGCAAGCCUUUCCUACCAAACGUGAGACUGCUCAGGUCGUAUGCAAGAAACUACUGGAAGAAAUUCUACCUCGUUUUGGACUUCCUAAGGUAAUCGGAUCGGAUAACGGUCCGGCAUUCGUGGCUCAGGUAAGUCAGGGAAUUGCUAAGUUACUGGGGAUUGAUUGGAAAUUGCAUUGUGCUUACAGACCCCAGAGUUCAGGUCAGGUAGAAAGAAUGAAUAGAACAAUUAAGGAGACUUUGACUAAAUUAGCAUUGGAGACUGGCGCCAAGGAUUGGGUGAUGCUCUUGCUUUAUGCUUUAUUCCAAGCUAGGAAUACCCCUUCUGCAACAAUGUGUAACCUUACUCCAUUUGAAGUUCUGUUUGGAACCCCUCCACCUGUAACUGAUUUGUCCCCUGUCUUAGAAAUAGAUUCCUCGGCACACACACCUUUGUUGGACAGACUGAGGGCACUUGAAAGAGCCCAGCGAUACCUGUGGAGACAGCUUUCGGGACCCUACCGCCCGGGAUUAGACACGUUCCCCCACCGCUACUCCUUGGGCAACUUUGUGUAUGUAAAGAGACACCAGGUCAACUCCCUGGAACCGCGGUGGAAAGGACCCUACCAAGUGCUUCUGACUACCCCCACGGCAGUAAAGGUCGAUGGCAUCGCUGCCUGGAUCCAUGCCUCCCAUCUUAAGCCAGCACCCCAGCCAGGAGCCUACUGGAAAUUGGAGAAGACUGAUAAUUCCCUCAAGCUUCGCGUCCGCCGAACUGGUAUUGUUCCUUCUGCUGGUACUCCCACCCUGUAA